AUGCAGCUGUCCACUGUGUGUACUGCUUUAUCGCUCCCUUUAACCUGGGCCACCCCGCAAUUCUCCAGCAAACAUGGCAAUUGCACGGUUGGCCAAAUCGUUAAGACCAGCAGCGGGCCUAUCGCUGGCCAUGCAGCAGCAAAAUACCCAGAGGUGUCAGAAUAUCUUGGAAUUCCCUAUGCACAACCCCCAGUGGGGAAUCUCAGAUUUGCGGCGCCUGUGAAAUAUGCUGGGUCUUCACUGGUCAAUGGCUCUGCCUUCGGCUCCUCAUGUCCUAAACCUCCAUCCCAGAAUAUUACUCCAUCGCCAGAUUUAAUUGCAGCUUCAAAUGUCACUGCUAUUGGGCUCGAGCUUUUCAAUCUCAUCGGCAACCCAGAUGUAGUGUAUAGCGAGGAUUGUCUGUUCUUGAAUGUUUGGUCGAAACCCCAAUCAGGAGAGCGGAAGAAGGCUGUAAUGGUAUACGUUCACGGAGGAGCAUUUUCUGGCGGAACUUCCUCAACGCCUAUAUUCAACGGUGCUACUCUUGCGGAGCGGGAAGAUGUUAUCAUUGUGACACUCAACUAUCGAGUGUCCAUUCUUGGGUUUCCAGGAAACCCUACUGCUCAGAACAAUGUGGGGUUCCUAGAUCAACGUCUUGCCAUGGAAUGGGUCCGGGACAACAUUGCAAACUUCGGCGGAGAUCCAGCAAGAAUCACAUUAUUUGGACAAUCAGCGGGUGGUUCAUCGGUAGACUACUACGCCUACGCCUGGGCCUCGGACCCAAUCGUAGCUGGAAUCAUAGCACAAUCAGGAACAACUAUUAGCUUUGGACUACCUUACCCGGAAAGUGUAUCAGCAGCAGCCUGGUAUAGCGUCUCCGCAGCCGUUGGCUGUGGAGAUUCGUCGACGGACUCCACAGCGCUCCUGGCAUGUAUGCGUAACGUGGAACACGACUCCCUCUUAAAAUCGGUUCCCUCCGACGGCCUAAACGCCUUGUUCAGCGCCUUCGGACCAACAGUAGACAACACCAUCGUGUUCUCCAACUAUUCCCAACAAACCGCUGCGAGCAUCCCGAUGUUACUUGGAAGCGCCGACUACGAGUCGGGGGUCCUCCGCACCCAGCUCGCCCUGGCAAACACUACCUUCGUAGACUCCGACUGGGAUGAAGCAAACCUCGCAGGCUACACCUGUCCCGCCGGAAUCCGCGCAAACGCCAGCAUAGCAGCCAACAAUCCCACUUGGAGAUAUCGAUACCACGGCGUAUUCCCCAACACCAACAUCAGCUGGCAAGGAGGAGCGUACCACGGUGCCGAACUAACACUGCUAUUCGGAACUACGUUCGCGACUCCAAGCUCGACUCCAGAGGAAAUCGAGUUUGAGACUUACAUUCAAGGGGCGUGGGCUGCGUUUGCAAAAGACCCUGUCCAUGGUUUGACGACUUAUGAAGGCGGCUGGCCUUUAUAUGACCCUGCUAAGGAGUCUCUCGUCCGCCUUGCGUACGACAACCUUGUUGGUACUAAUCUUGCUUUCCCGGAGAUCUACGAUGCGGGGUGCGUCAAUGCAAGCCUACCGGCUUUGCUAUGUCGCAUUUUUGGGCUAUGUUAA